AACAAAACAAUAACAAACUCUUGGUGAAGUUUGAAGUUUAUCCGAUUUGAUAUAAUAUUGUUAUGUUUUAUGAAAUUUAAUCCAAGUGUAUUCAUUAAUUUAUUUUCUUAAACACUGAAAGGGGUGUUACUUUACUUAAGAACAUUAUUAAUAUGACCAAUCUCAUGAUGGAUUACGAAUUUAAAAUGAAAACUCAAAAUGAAAGAGUUAAAGUUGAAGACUUAUUUGAUUAUGAAGGCUGUAAAGUGGGCAGAGGAACUUACGGUCAUGUUUACAAAGGUAGAAGAAAAGAUAAUUCCGACAAUAGGGAUUAUGCACUGAAACAAAUCGAAGGAACUGGCUUAUCAAUGUCAGCUUGUAGAGAAAUAGCCCUGUUACGUGAACUGAAACACUCUAAUGUGAUCAAUUUGAUAAGGGUAUUCCUGUCUCACAAUGAUAGGAAAGUGUGGUUGCUGUUUGACUUUGCAGAACAUGAUUUGUGGCACAUUAUUAAGUUUCAUAGAGCAGCCAAAGCCAACAAGAAGCCAUUUAUGGCUCCGAGGGGAAUGGUCAAGUCAUUAUUAUAUCAAAUAUUAGAUGGGAUUCAUUACUUACAUUCAAAUUGGGUCUUGCACAGAGACUUGAAACCCGCUAAUAUAUUAGUAAUGGGUGAGGGGCCUGAAAGGGGUAGAGUUAAAAUAGCAGAUAUGGGAUUUGCAAGGCUUUUCAAUGCUCCUCUUAAACCCCUGGCAGAUUUGGAUCCUGUUGUUGUGACAUUUUGGUAUCGAGCCCCUGAAUUAUUAUUAGGAGCAAGACAUUAUACAAAAGCCAUAGAUAUCUGGGCAAUAGGAUGUAUCUUCGCAGAACUCUUAACAUCAGAACCUAUUUUUCAUUGUAGACAAGAAGAUAUAAAGACAAGCAAUCCUUAUCAUCAUGAUCAGUUAGAUAGAAUUUUCAAUGUAAUGGGUUUUCCUCAUGAGAAAGAUUGGGAGGAUAUAAAAAAAAUGCCUGAACAUCCAACAUUAUUGAAGGAUUUCAAAAAGUCCAACUAUGUGAACUGUUCACUAAUCAAAUAUAUGGAAAGGCAUAAAAUUAAACCUGACAGCAAGGCAUUCCAUUUAUUACAGAAAUUAUUGCUGAUGGACCCUAACAAAAGAAUUACCUCUGAACAAGCAAUGCAAGAUGCUUAUUUUUCAGAAGAUCCUCUUCCUACUCAUGAUGUUUUCGCAGGAUGCCCUAUUCCGUACCCUAAGAGAGAGUUUUUGACUGACGAUGAUCAGGAGGAAAAAUCAGAAAAAAGACAAAACCAGCAGCAACAGCAACAACAAACGCAACAGCAAUCUCAGCAACAGUCCCAGUCCCAACAGUUGCAGUCAUCGAAUAGUGAUAAUCAUAACAACCCUGCAAAGAGGGUAAGAUUGAAUCCGCCUCAACAUCCUGGACAGGUAAACCAACAGAACAUACCAAUGUCCCAACAGCAGGAUUUCCAUCAGCAGCAUGUCAUUUUCAACAAUAGUCAACAGCAACAGAAUUUUUCCCAAAGGUUUUGAUGGAUUUGAUAUUUUAUCCUUUUCAAAUGAUUUGUUAUACUGAUACGAAUUGUAGUUCAGAUGUAUGUCGGAUUAAACUUUAGUUAAGUUUU